AUGUUUAUCAUUGCCUAAAUAACUUAUUGUCUACCUCUUUAUUUUCUUAACUUUGAAAAAAUAUGUACUCUAUCCAAUAAAGAAUUUUGUUUAUAAUUUUUUAGUUAUUUUGUCAAUGAUUAAACAAAAACAUCUCUAAAUCAAAAAUUGGUUUCAUAUAUAGUUUUGAAAAAGAAUAAUUUAUUUAUUAGAAUCCUGCAAUCUCAAAUAGUUUGAGAUCAUAUCUUACAGCAGAAGGUUAAGAAAUUUGUACUGCCUCUUCAAUAGAUGAUUUCAAUAUUGCUCCAGAAAUUAUAAAUUGUUAAAAACACAUUUUAAAAUGCAAAUAAUAUAUUUAAAGUCCAGAAUUGAUAAUUAAAUAUAUAUCAAUAGAACCAAUGUCUUAUGUUAUCCAAUGUUUAGAUGGAUACUAAAUUAUUCUGAAUUGGUACUAUUAAUAUUGUGAUGAUAAUUGUUAAGUGUGCUAGAAUAUGAAAAUUGAUUAUUAAAAAUAAUUUUAUUGA